AUGGCUAUGUUAAAUUACUGUUUUUGUCAUUCGUCGCCAUCUUUGCCAUCACACAGAAAACAGUGGAAUAAGAUGAUAAAGCAUAAUGUUGUUGAUGGAAAUCCAAACCAGGCCAUUUUUGUUUACAGACAAAUGUUAGAAUCUGGUUGUAAUGGUGAUAACUUUACAUACCCAAUUCUUCUAAAAGCAUUAACUCAUCUUUCUUCCUCAAUAUCUAUACUCACUGUUCAUGGACAAGCAAUUAAAACUGGAUUCUCAGGUCAUGUUUUUGUGGAAACUUCUUUACUGAACUUUUAUGCCGCGGCUGGGGAUAUUGAAAAUGCACAAAAAGUGUUUGGUAAAAUGUCUAGCAGAGAUAUUAUUGCUUGGAAUUCUAUGCUAGAUGCUUAUGUUUCUAAAGGGAUGAUGGAUUCUGCAAUCAACCAUUUUCACUUGAUGCCUGUUAAGGAUGCUGUGUCAUUUAACAUUAUGAUUUCCGGGUUUGCAAAGUCGUGGACUAUAGAAUCUGCCAGGGAAUUUUUCGAUGAGAUUCCUGUAAGGGAUGUUGUUUCAUGGAAUUCAAUGAUGUUAGGUUAUAGCAAGGCAGGGGAUAUGGAUAAGGCACGUAAAGUGUUCGAUAGUAUGGUGGAAAGAACUUUGGUAUCAUGGAACACAAUGAUCACUGGUUAUCUAGACAAUGAGCUUUAUGUUGAUACCAUUGAUUUGUUCAUGGAAAUGAAAGAAGAAGAGUUUGAACCUAAUCAUAUAACAUUAUCAGCUGUUUUAUCAGCCUGCGCGCGGGUAGGAUCAGUAGAGAAAGGGCAGGAAGUACACAUCUUUGCUCUUUUCAAUGGACUUGCAUCGAAUGUGCAUGUGGUUACAGCGCUGAUUGACAUGUACGCAAAGUGCGGUUGCGUAGAUGGAGCUCUGGAAGUAUUUUACAAGUCCCAAGCCAAGGAUGUCACUUCUUGGAAUGCAAUGAUCAGUGUGCUUGCACUGCAUGGAAAAUCACACGCUGCCCUUAAACUCUUUAGUGAUUUUCAGAAUAGAAAUAUGAAGACUGACGAUAUAACAUUCAUAGGUCUUCUGACUGCAUGUAGCCACUCAGGUUUAGUGAAUGAAGGAUACCGUCUGUUCGAAUCCAUGGAGAAGGAUUUUGGCAUCUCACCCAAGUCUGAGCAUUAUGGUUGCAUGGUGGAUCUUCUGGGACGAGCGGGUUACCUUCACAGUGCGUAUCAGCUAAUGAAAGCGAUGCCAUUCGAGCCUGGACCGACUGUAUAUGGCACACUGUUAGGUGCUUGUUUGGUUCAUAGGAAUCUGGAGGUGGGAAACAUGGUUGUUGAACACAUGACAAAACGAAUGGAUCGUUUGAGCGACGGGGAGUACAUGAUGCUAGCUAAUCUAUAUGCUUCCUGUGGUGAAUUUGAGGAAGCGGAUAGAUGGAGAAGAGAGAUGAACAAUGCUGGGAUUACUAAAACUGCUGGUUAUAGUAUGAUUCUGGUCAAGGGUAAAAUGAUAAAGUUUUUAGCUGGAGAUAGAAUAACAAAUGCAUCUGAACAAACAGUUAUUGUACUCACUUUUAAAUCAUAA